AUGGGGAGCAUUGGAAUACCAACCCGUGUGCAAACUGCAUUCCGUAUGUCAGAGGUUGCAGAACCAUACAUCCGCCGAAGAGCAGUCAAACAUUUAGAGAAAGGAAGGGUUGUUAUAUUUGCUGCUGGGCCUGGGAGCCCGCAGCCCUUCGAUGUGCAGAAAUUAGUUGCAGUCAAUGCAGAGGUAGUGCUUAAAGUGACUAAUGUUGAUGGUCUGUACGACGCGGACCCCAGGCAUAAUCCCAAUGCUCGUCUUCUUGAGACUGUGAGCUAUCAUGAAGUGACAGCAAGAGAUCUCUCAGUAAUGGACAUGACUGCCAUCACAUUAUGCCAGGAAAACAACAUUUCCCUUGUUGUGUUUAACUUGCAAAGCCUGGAAACGGCUAUUGUUGAUUUGUUGGUAAGAAGGUUGUUACCUUUAUUGGCUGCACAAGAAAUCAGGAACAGAAUGGGAACACACUGCGUGGAGAAAGAAAAGAUUGGUUAG